AUGAUCUUGCAUGGGUCUCCUAUUCAGAGAGGAGGGGUAACAUCUUUUUGCUUCCUGCAUCUCAGCAUCUUUCUCCUGCUCAGUAUGCACAGUUCACAAGCCAACGCCUUCUGGUUAGCCAAUCUCAAGAUAUCGUUUCGGGUAAGGAACACAACACUGUGGGAGAUUGCAGAAACUGGAGUGUUUGGCAAAGCCUCUCCUUUGAGGAGCGUUUCUGGAGAUGUGGUGCCUCCAGCGGGACUGUACCAAAAUGCCUGCAGCUCGUUAACCGAUUUUGUUAAGCCCAUCACCUCCACCAGUUGGAUCGCUCUCAUCAUGAGGGGGGAAUGUUCCUUCACGAAAAAAAUAAGCGUGGCUGCAGAAAAGGGAGCUGCUGGAGUAAUAAUUUAUAAUUCUCCUGGCACAGGCAAUAACAUCUUUCCAAUGUUUAACUUUGGGGCAAAAGAUACUGUAGCACUUAUGAUCGGUAACCUGAAAGGCACAGACCUGUUGCAUUUGAUUGGGAACGGCAUCCAAAUAGGGGUAACGAUUGAAGUGGGAAAGCACCAUUACCCGGGGCUGAAUCGUUACAUGUCCUCCAUUUUUGUUUUUUUGGCGUUUAUUCUGGUAUAUUGCACCUAUCACUGCAUUAUGAAGCUGAGAAGAGUGAGGAAUCCAAUGGAGAGAUGCCAGGCAAUACGUGAUAUCAAAACGACCAUUAAUCAACUUGAGCUUCGGACAUUGAAGGAGAACGACCAGGAGGUUGCAUCGAACAGUGAGAGCUGUGCAGUGUGUUUGGAAACAUACAAGCCUAAAGACGUGGCACGUAUUUUACAUUGCAGGCACCUUUUCCACAAAGCAUGUGUUGACCCCUGGCUUUUAAAGAACCAGACAUGCCCUGUGUGCAAAUGGAACAUAUUUGGAGCAGUGGAAAGUGUUAGAAACGAAGCAGAGCCUUUGGGUACUCAAGAACCAAAUGAAGCUCCUUCCAAUGCCCAGUUUUCCUAA